AUGGAGGACGUUAGAGCAAUGGUUCUUCCACAACAACCAAGAGGGAAUGACAAAGUAAAGAAUGAAGCACAAAGAAGGAACCGGCGUGUUCUUGGAGACAUUGGUAAUAAUCUUGAGGCUGCUCAUCUUGUUGAAGGGAAGCCCCCUGUUCAGAUUUCUCGCCCUAUGACUAGAAGCUUUCAUGCACAAUUGUUAGCCAAGGCACAAGCUAAAGCAGAAAAGAACGGGAAUCCAGUACUGCCGGUUCUUGAAGAUAGGGCAGCUGCUCUUAAUAGAAAACGUGGUCCUGCCAAGAAGGCCGCAGUUGCUCCCAAGAAGGCAAUUGAAAAGCCAAUAUCUGAGACUCUGGUGGUUAUAAGUUCUGAUGAAGAAGAAGAAAAAGAUAAACAAGUGAACCGAUGCAAGCCCAUAGAAGGGCCUUCAAGGAAGGAAGUCAAGACUCUAACUUCAAUCCUCACAGCUCGAAGCAAGGCUAUGGCUUGUGAAGUUGACAUCAAGCCAAAGGAAAAGAUUGUUGAUUUUGAUUCAGCUGAUGUUAGUGAUGAAUUGGCAGUAGUGGAAUACAUUGAUGACUUGUACCAAUUCUACAAGCUCACUGAAGAUGACAGCAGAGUUCAUGAUUACAUGGAGUCACAGCCAGACAUAAACCCAAAGAUGAGAUCAAUCCUCAUAGACUGGUUGGUCGAAGUUCACAGGAAAUUUGAACUGAUGCCUGAAACCUUCUACCUGACUGUGAACAUAAUUGAUCGAUACUUGUCAAUGAAGAUCGUUUCUAGGAGGGAACUUCAGCUAGUUGGUAUUAGUUCUAUGGUUAUAGCAUCCAAAUAUGAGGAAAUCUGGGCUCCACAGGUCAAUGACUUUGUUUGCUUAUCAGACUAUGCAUACACUGGUGAUCAGAUACUUCUAAUGGAGAAAGCAAUUCUGGGGAAGUUGGAAUGGUACCUGACAGUUCCCACCCCAUAUGUCUUCCUGUCUAGAUACAUCAAAGCCUCUGUUUCACCUGGUGAAGAGGUGAAGAAUAUGGUUUUCUUUCUAGCCGAGCUCGGAAUUAUGCAUUAUCCAACUACUGUUCGGUACUCCCCAUCUCUGAUAGCUGCUGCAGCUGUCUAUGCUGCACGUUGCACCCUCAACAAAGCUCCUUUGUGGACUGAAACCCUGAAGCACCACACUGGCUACUCUGAAGAACAGUUAAGGGAUUGCGCCAAGCUCUUGGUUGGCUUUCAUUUGCAUGCCGCAGAGAGUAAUCUUCAAGCAGUUUAUCGGAAGUUCUCAAAGCCUGAACAUGUUGCUGUUGCUCGGAUCCCUCCUGCCAAAAGUUUUCUGUCCUCAUCUUUUUGA